UCGCUAUGCAUCAAAUCACUCCGGAACUAAAGUUACUAAACCAUCACCUACUCGGGAGGCGCCACUAAACUACAUCGGAAAUAAAAUAAGCCGAUCACCAGCAUUGGAACAAAAUUUUGGAUUAAUUUCUAGACGAUUGAUGUCAAAAGAUGAAAUACGAGAUUUCGAUGCCGUAUUGCCAGAUGUUGUGCGCGGCCUUGGCUCUAUAGCUGAACGAUACAACAGCAAAGAAGCGGGGCAACGGUUCAGGAAGUGUCUGCAGUAUAAUUUAUCACUUACAAAUUACAAAAAUGGCCUAAUCCCCGUUUUGACAUACAAAAGUGUAGCAAAAGACGAGCAAAUAAAUGCGUAACAUUUAAGAUUGGCAUAUAUGCUUGGCUGGUGUUUUGAAAUUGUAAUGUGUAAAAAUAUUAUAAUAUAGCGAUGCGUUGUAUUUCUAUGUCCAAUAGAUGCUGUGGUUCAUACUCAUGACCGAUGACAUAUUGGACAAAAGCAUAAGACGUCGUGGUCAAUUGUGUUGGCAUAAGUUGGAGGAGGUCGGUCUCUCCGCCAUAAAUGAUGCAAUCCUGAUAGAGAAUGGAAUUUAUGAGCUUCUCAAGAAACAUUUCCGCCACUUAGAUUGCUAUGUUGAUCUUCUCGAAUUGUUUCAUCAAAACACUUUUAAAUGUUUAUGUGGGCAAUCAUUAGAUUUGCUUCUCACUAAAAGGAAUGUGACUACCUUCAAUAUGGAGACGUAUGAUUCGCUAGUGUUGAAUAAGACUUCCUGUCAUUUUUUUUAUUUGCCUGUUUUUGCAGGGCUUCAUUUGGCAGGAGUUAAAGAUAAGCACGUUUUCGAUGAAUCCCAAAGCAUUUUAUUUGACUUGGGUCAUUAUUCGCAAGUUCAAAAUGAUUUUCAUAACUGUUUCGGUGAAUAUGAAUUCACUGGCAAAAUCGGCACAGAUAUUGAAACUAACAAAUGCUCCUGGUUGGCGGUGAAAUGUAUGGAACUGGCAAACCCACAACAAAAGUCUAUUAUGGCAGACUGUUAUGGGCAUAAUGAUCCUCAGAAGAUAGCGCGCGUUAAGCAAGUUUACGAAGAAUUGGAUAUGCUCAAUAUUUAUGCCAAAUAUGAGGAAGAGACAUGCAACCGUAUUCUUAUGAAUAUCCAAAAAACAUCAGAUGCAGUUCCGCGAGGGAUUUUGACAGAAAUUCUUUGUCAAAUUUAUGACAAUGAUUAUGAAAUUAAGUAAAGACGGGUACCACAAAAGAACAAAUAAGCAAAGAAAUUAGCUACUUGGGAACUAAUUUACGGUUUUGUGGUACUAGGUAUUUUCAAUUAUUUUCCGGAAACCAGGUGAACUCUCUCAAAACUUUGUCCUGUUUCCUAAUAUUUAUUUAAAGCGCUUCUAUAAUGAUCGAUGAGGUCAAUAAAGGUAUGGAAACCAAAAAAUUUCCGAUUACAUA